AAAAACAACAAAAAUCGAGCAAAAGCCACCAAAAAGACAGACACACCAACACACAGAAAGACAAAAAGAGUAAAGUUUUGAUUGAAAUUUUCACUGUGCUUUCAUCCAUUCGGGAUUGUGUAAAUUUCUGAUUAAGCAACAAGACACCAUCAACAAAAACGUGCGGCGCGAAACGUAAAAUAAUAUUCCCCGAAAGGAUUCCAAUUAACUCAAUUUGAUCCAGCGCAACUUUGGCAUCAAAUCAAAUAUCAAAUAUCGCAGAACUUCUCUAAUCGAGCAACAAAUCACUUUGCAGUUCGAGUUACCUUUCAUUUGUCAUGACAGUUCGGGCCUACAUUCUGCUAUAUUUUUUAUUGUUUAUGCACAACAAGAUCGCCGCUUGCGGUGCCCCCAGCCAUAAACACACCUAACUGAUAGCUCUUACACAAAAUUGAGCCGUGAACACUGAAAUUCAAGUGCGAGUGAGUCGUGCAGUAAAAGACAAAGUCAGCAGUAAGCAGUCAGCAGUCAGCCCCACCUAGCGUCCACACAAAACACCCCGAGAACUCGGGUCGUUGACAAAGUAACGCAUUUAGUGAUAAGGACGAAACGACUUGCUGGCAAAAUGAGCAGCCAAAACAGGAGCAAAAGGAGCUGGAGCAGCAGGAGCAGGAGGAGCAUCAGCACCAGCACCAGCGCCAGCAGCAGCGGGAGCAGCACGAAGAUGGCCCAACUAUUGCUCCUUAUCGGCAUCGCAGUCGCAUCUUGUUUGCCGGGAAUCGAGGGAUUUCAGCGAUUCUCGGAGCAGCCCAAGUACACGGAGGUGAAUCCCGCCGAGGACACGCUGCUCACAUGCAAAGUUAUCGACAAGCGCGGCACGUGCUCCUGGCAAAAGGAUAACAAGCCCGUUGGCAUCUAUACAAAGAAAUACGAAUGGGCCUCACGUAUGCCGACGAGCGACAAUGGAAAUGUGCUGCAUCUGGAUCUCCAUCCGCCGCCGGUGCAGCUCGGUGGCGACUGCUCCCUCUGGAUCCGCUCCGCCACACUGGACUUUGACGACGGACUAUGGGAGUGCCAAGUGACGGCCAGUGACUUCACCACCCAGGAUGCCCUCACCAGCCAGCCGGUGCGCCUUGUCGUACGUGUGGCGCCACAGCGGCCGAGGCUCGAAUACGAGGCGGUCCACGUGCCGCCGGGACACAACAUCACCGCUGACGCCGGCGCCCUGGCGACGGUCAAGUGCAUCUCGCAUUACGGCAAUCCGCCGGCCACCCUCAAAUGGUUUUUGGGCGACCAGGAGAUCUCGCCCAUCCACCCGCAAAUGAAUGCCACCGAGCCGGAUAAUCCACGCACCUGGUCGGCCACCUCGGUGGUGCAGGUGUCGGCGAUGCGGGAGCGCCACGGAGAUAUACUGCGGUGUGCCGCCUACCACGAGUCCUACACGGCCAAAUCGGUGGUGGUGGAGGCCAGGCUGGACGUGAAAUACGCGCCGAGCAUCCGUCUAAUUGGCUCACCGGAAAUCGACUUGGAGGAGGACAAGGAUGCCCUGGUCCUGCGCUGCGUGGCCGAUGCCAAUCCGCCGGCCAGCAUCGUCUGGCGGCGGGCAGGUCGCUCCGAGAUAGCCAGCUUGCAGGAAACUCUGCAAUUGCGUCCCGUCGGGCGUCGCGAUGCCGGAUUGUACACCUGCCAGGCACAGAACUCGGUGGGCACCUCUGAGCAGCUGUCGGUGCAGUUGGAUGUGAAAUAUCCUCCCAAAAUUAUUUCAGCUGGUCCGGAUCGCCUUACCACCGCCCCGCUUUUCAGUCCUGCAGCCUUUGAGUGCCUGGCUGAUGGUAAUCCCCUGCCAUCCUUCAAAUGGGUACAGAGAAUGGCCCAUGGUUCCAAGUACGUGGAGCGAGGCUCCGAGUCCAGAUUGGUCAUCGACAACGUCACCUACGAAUACCAGGGCGAGUACGAGUGCCGGGCCACCAGCUACAUCAAUGGCCAGGAGCGGGUGGCCAUAUCCGAUCCGGUGUCGUUGCAAGUUGUGGGUGCCCCGCAGGUCCUGCGCCUGCAUCCUUCCCUGCACACCGUCUCCGUGAAGCGAGGAGAGGCGGCCAGUCUGACAAUGGUCGUCUGUGCGGAUCCGCGGCCACAGCGCGUCGCCUGGGAAUGGGGAUCACUGCGUCUGGAGGCCGGCUCGGGCAUCGAUCGCUUCCGGGCCGAUGACAUGCAGCCGGACACUCGGGAGGACUGCUACCUGUCCACCCUGCACAUCCUGCACGCGGACGAGCACGACUCCAGGCCCUACUACUUGGUGGUGGAGAACGAGCGGGGCACCGAUCGUCAUGCCAUACACCUGAUUGUGGAGGGUACGUUUGCAGAACCCUACGAGAUGAGCUAUCUAAUGGGCGUGGCCGGGGGCUGCAUGGCCGCCAUCCUUUUGCUGGUUUGCCUCUGUAUCUAUGCGAUCAAGAGCAAGAGAUGCUGUUUCAAGGGUUCCACGGGCUAUAAAUCAUCGGAUAAAGACAGCGAGAAAGCUGAUUUGAAAUCACGCUCGGAUAGCACGAGUGGCCCUCAAGGUGAUUCGAUUUACACCACGCCAGCGGGCUUCCAUCAUCACCAGCAGCAGCAGCAGCAACAACAGCAGCAGCAGCAACAGCAGCAGCACGCAGCAGCAGCAGCAGCCGCUGCCCUACAUGCCGCAUCCCAGCAUCCGCAGCAACAGUACCCGGGACACGGAUCACCGGAGGCAAUGAAGUCGAGUUCCCAGGCCAGAAGCAGCGGUCACGACGAACUGGGCAACCUGCUCUGGCAGCAGGAUUCCUGUGAGUUCCUCGAGCACUAUCCCUCCGAUUCCAGCUGCCCAGUGCCGCCCCUGCGUCACUGCCACGCCCCAGGACAUGGACAUGCCACCAAGACGCUGACCAGACGCAAUGCCGAUCUAUUUAGCGGAGAUCUGGGCAUACCCGAGAUCAACACCCAUGUGGGCAGUGUGGUGCACACGUUCGAAACGCUGGCCCUGCAACGUCGCCUGGCGGAGGAGGAGGAUCGCCAUCCGGAGCGGGAGCUGAGUAAGUAUGAGACGAACGGCGGCACCACCACCCAAAGCAAGUACAGCCAGCUGAAGCGCCGCUCGCAGGAGAUGCGCCAGCGGCUGGUGCAGCAAUUGCACCGCCAGCGUUUGCAGCAGCAGCAACUGCAGCAGCAACACGAGCCACACCUGCAACAUCAGCAAAUCGCACGCUCACGAACACAGUCGCAGCCACAAAAGCAGCCGACCAUGCACGAGGGGGUUUUGACCAACAGUUGCAGCACUCAAACACUGGCCACCGGCUUUUGGCCAUCCCAGCCGUCCCAGCGAGUGAAUCGCUCCAGGGAGCAACUGCAGCAGUCCACCUUCGAGGACUAUCGGAAGAACUUGUUCGGCACCCUGCGAAGACAUGGCAGCUUGGAGGAUAACGAAGAGCUGCAAGACGAGUCGUUCAUAGUGAAUGCGGCUUUUGAUGAGAUCUUCUCCUGCUACGAUGACGAGAACGAGGAUGACAAGGGCACGCAGACGCAGACCAAUACCGAUGAUCUCUUCGAGGACGAGCACAUGCUGGUCAGCCUGAGCGAACUUGAUGACGAGGUGUUCGCCAGCCGAGCGCAAACGGCCUCGACCACGCCCACCGCCAGUGCGGGAAUGGGAGCUGGGCGAACGCCCAAACACAGCACGCCCCAGUUGAACCUCAACAAGUAUGCGGCUCCAUCGCCACCUCGCUCCCGCACUCUUACCAAUCUCUUCGAGCGCUUGAAGUCGCAGGACAACAAGACGUUACAGAAGUACGCCGCCGAUGUGGCGCUCAACAAGACAGAGGACUUCAAUAGAGGCUCCACCGUUAGUAAGUCCUUUGUGCAGCAGCUAAGGAAGCCCUCUCACAAGCAGAAACGAGCGCCAAGGCCACCGCCCAAGCCGCAAUCCCGCUCCCAGGUGGCCAUAGCCCAUGUGACACCCCUCCGCAAGGCCCUGAUCUUCCCCAAGCGAUCCAAGUCGUCCAGCGAACUACUCCUCGACGAUCUGAGCGUGCAGGCGCGUAAGUAUCAGCGAAGGAUAGAGCAGGGAUCAGCGCUGUAGACAGGAGCAAUGGGCACCCAGUUAUGCACCUGUUUCUCACCUGUUGACCAGUUAUUUGGCCCCACCUAGAUAUUAAAUCGAUUCCUUUCGCAUUUCCGUUUACCCCAGAGGCGACGCUUUUGUAGAAUAAGUGUGAUCCCAAAACCAAUACGAAAACGACCCGACCCCUACCUUCGAUUCUGAUCAAGACCCUCUUACCGAACCCGAAACCGAUGUAGAUGUGGAACAGUGCAGCUAUCCCGCCGCCAUAAUGGAAGACAAAGAUACGACCCGAAGCAAGCCCAAAGAGAAUUGAGCCAUACGAGGAAUCGCACCCGAAGAACUAAACUAAUUUCGUAAUUUACGCAUAGUUAAAUUAAGCCAAUUACUCGAAACUGCAUGAAAAUCAAAUCAAAAGAUGACUAACCAUAUUUAUAAAUACAACCAUAUAAAUAUACAUAAACAAUAUUGUACAAAUAGGAUCGAAGAUGUCCCGAGAGCGGGUUAGAUAUGGAAAUAAAAAUCAAACGACAAUUCGUGCUCUCAACCUAGUUAUUUACGAGUACAAGUUUGUCUCUUCAAUUAUAAUUUAAAUUCAUCUAAAGAAUAUACCAUACAAGCCCGAUAUACAUCUAUACAUUAUACGGAUAUUUAUAGCAUAUACCUGCGUCACUUGUUGUAACUUCUAGGAUAAUUGCAAGUCAAAGCAAAUGUAAACCAAUUACAAAAGGAAACAUUACUAACUCUUACCUGCA